AUGGAACUAUCAUUAGAAUCACCAAUUCUUUACGAAAGUGAAAGAUUGAUUUAUAAAGAGAUGCAAGUGGGUGUUGAUGAACCAUUUCUCAUAGAGUUAUUCAACGAUCCACUUUGUCUGAGAUUCAUUGGUUUCAGAACACUUACUUGCACAGAGAACGCUGCGAAAUAUAUAGAGUCUCUGAAUAAAUCGUUUAGAGACAAUGGAUUCUCAAUGCUGAAAGUCUGUAGAAAAGAGGCACCCGACGUACCGAUUGGAACAUCCGGUUUCGUCGCACGUCGUCCAAACGAGCACGAUGCCGAUGUCAAUCUGGGCUAUGCCUUUAUGGAGAGUGGACGUGGACAAGGCUAUGCAUUGGAGUCUUCGAUUGCCUCCAUUCAAUACAUUGCCAAAAAACUGGAUACCAAGCGAUUUGGAGCCAACGUAAACAACGACAACCAAAGAUCGAGUUCUCUUCUCACAAAAAUCGGUUUCCAAUACUCAAGAACAAUCAAAAUGGAUAAUUGUGAAACACCUUUAGAUAUCUUUAUAUUGGAGAUACAAAAUUUGAAAACAGAUGUACUCUUAAGAAAAUAA